AUGACAGGCACCCUUGGAGGCUCCCUGAGUGUGCAGUGUGAGAAGAAAUACAAGGCAUUCGACAGAUACUGGUGCAGGCAGCCAUGCCUGCCAUUCCUGUACCAGCCUUUAAAGGCCAGUGGGCGUGAGCACUUGGUGAGGAGCGGCCAGGUGUCCAUCAUAGACCAUCCUGCAGACCUCACCUUCACUGUGACCUUGGAGACCCUGAACGCACAGGACGCAGGGAAAUACCGGUGUGGGGUUGACACGAUACUGAAAGAUGAAGGAUUCCUUGGCUUUCUGCCGAAUCCCUUUGUCCAGGUUCAGGUGUUUUUUUCCCCAGAAAUCCUGUUUAAGCGAUGCUCCAUCAAGGUGACUAAAGCUGACCAUCUCAACACCUCUUCAACUUUAAGUUGA